AUGAAUUCAUCAUUAUCAUUAUCAACUAUUGCAACAACAAGAAUUGACAAUAACGAUGAUGUUAAUGGAAGUCUUGCUGAUGAUUGGGAAAAUUAUAAAGCAUAUACAAGAUUCUAUUAUAUAACAGAUGAAGUCUUUCUAUAUGCUAAUCCAAUAUUGAUCAUUGUCGGUAUUCCAACUCAUGCAUUAUCUAUGAUAAUCUUUCUUCGUAAACGUAUGCGUCGUUAUCCUGUAUCAGUAUUUAUGGCAAUGUUAUCUUUAACAAAUAUUCUUAUCCUUGCCGGUCCUGUAACUAUGCAAUGGCUUAAUCAUAAAGUUUUCAUUGGUUUUGUUGUAACAGGUUCACGUUUUUUAUGUGCAUUUCAUGUUUAUAUUGAUUUAGUUGGUUCAUCAAUUAAUUCUUGGCUUAUAUUAAUGAUUGCUGUUGAACGUUAUUUAUCAGUAACAAAACCAUUUUUAAUUCGAACAAGUUUUAAUCGACAACAAGCAUGGAUUAUUGUUUUUAGCGUUUUUUUAGUAGCUAUUAUUGCACCACUUGGUCUUGCUAUAGUUGCAUCUAAAGUUGAAGAUUGUCUUUUAUUUUUUUCUAAAACAUAUCAAAUAAUUGGUUCAAUACAAAUUUUUUUCAUAUAUGUUUUACCAUCAAUAUUAAUAUUAACAUUAAGUAUAAUAACAGUACAUAAACUACGUAAUCGUAUACGUACAAGUGGUUCAAGACGUAUUCAUAUAAGUGUUAUGUUAAUAGCUGUUUCAUUUUCGUUUAUAACAUUUACAAUGCCAUAUCAAAUAUGUUGGUAUUGGUUAUUUUCAACAGCAAUUGGUAGUGUAAAAUUAAAUCUUAAAGUCAAUAUAAUUAAUAUAGGUUUUCGUUAUAUUGCAUUAACAAUAAGAAAUUUAAAUUAUACAUUAAAUUUUUUUCUUUAUUCUUUAACAUCAAUUGUAUUUCUUAAAGAAGCAUUUACAAUAGCACAUUGUAAUUAUUUUCUUAAUCAAACAUUUGUUGGACGAAAUCGUGCAUUUCGUCGUGCACGUUGUCUUCUUUCUGAACAUCCCGGUGUAGAACGUGUACAACAAGAACAACAACAAACAAAUGCACUUAUUAAUCAUUCAAAUAUAAAUAAUGAACAACAUAAUAAUUAUCAUAGUUUUAAAAAACAAUUUCGUGUAAAACGAUCGAAAAAAAAUCAUUCAAAUAUAUCUGAUAAUGAUAAUAGAAAACCCAUAGAUGGAUUUUCAAAUGGACAUUUAAAUAUAAAUGCAAAUACAACAAAUGUAUCAUUUAAUUUAAAACAAAUUAAACCAAUAUCGAUUGAAAAAAAAUUAAAAUGGAAUUUAAAAGUAAAUCAUCAUAGAUCUCUUCCAUCUAAACAUUUAAAUUAUUUAAAACCUAAUAUUGAUGAAGAACCAGAACAACAACAACAAGAACAACAACAAUUAUCAUCAAAUUAUACUUCAACGUCCAAUGUACAUGAUUUUAUUAUUAAAACGCAACAAUGA